AUGAUUAUAGCGGACAUAGAGAAGAUGUUUCGACAGAUUGGUAUAUGCGAAGCUGAUAUGCCCCUGCAAAGCAUCCUUUGGAGAACGGAUACGAAGAAGGAGGUUGAAACCUACGAGUUGGCAACCGUGACGUAUGGCACGAAACCUGCGCCAUUUCUAGCGACCAGAACGUUGAAACAGCUGGCGAGCGAUGAGUACAAUCGAUUCCCAAACGCAUCUAAGGCAUUGGUAGAUGACGUCUACAUGGACGAUGUUAUCACAGGCACCGAUACCGAGAGUGAUGCAAUAAAAUUGUGCGCAGAUCUUAUCAAAUUGGCAGACAGUGGUGGUUUCCGUCUUAGGAAGUUCGCAUCCAACUCAGCAGCAGCUUUAAGAGAGGUGAAAAUCGAGGAUCUUGCUCUCCCGCAAACCAAUGAGAUCAAUUUGGAUCCUGAUCCAUCGGUGAAAACAUUAGGACUGGUCUGGCAGCCACAUAAGGACUAUUUUCGCUUCAACUUCACCAUUGAACAAAUUGCGGCAAAGGAAAGGUUGUCUAAACGGAAAAUCCUAUCAGCUAUCGCUAUGCUAUUCGACCCCCUCGGUCUCGUAGGAGCAGUUACAACGAGUGCAAAAAUCUUCAUGCAGCGUUUAUGGCGGCUGCAGGAAGACGGGAAAACCCUCGGUUGGGAUCAUCCAGUUCCGAUUGAAGUAGAGGAAGAAUGGCGAAGUUUCCAUGGACAGUUAUCAAUACUGAAUAACCUGAAAAUCCAGCGAUGUGCAGUUUUACCAGAGGCGGUCAAUAUGGAGCUGCAUUUCUUCUCGGAUGCGUCCGAGCGUGCGUAUGGAGCGUGCGCUUACGUCAAGAGUAUCGACAAACAUGGAAGGUCUGUCGUAUGUUUGCUAGCAGCAAAAUCAAAGGUAGCACCGUUAAAAUCCCAAUCCAUUCCGAGGCUAGAGCUGUGUGGAGCGUUUUUGUCGGCGGAAUUAUCUGUUAAGGUACGCGAAGCUUUGAAAUUGGAGAUCGACAUGCAUUUCUGGACAGAUUCUACGUGUGUUCUUCAAUGGUUGAAGGCAAUUCCUGCGACGUGGUCCACUUUCGUAGCUAACCGUGUUGCGAAAAUACAAACGAUUACGGAAAACUGUACUUGGAGACAUGUUCCUGGCUUGCAAAAUUAUUACUGUCUAGACCAGAGGGGACCAAACCUAAGCCCUCGAGUCCCUGGUCGUUCCUCUGGAGACUCAGUGGAGGGUGGGCACACAAGGCCUUCUUUUCUGGCUAGCUCGAUCUUGAGCAGAAACGGAGCUCCUCAAGGUCGGCUUUUACAAAAUAGCUGA